AGAGUUUAUAAGCUGGGGCACCAGGCCCCUCAGCACCACGACCAUUCUCCCUCAUCCCCCUGCUGUCUGCCCUCCAGCUCUCCAGCAGAAUGGCCUUCAGCGGCAAGUACGAGAUCGAGAGUGAGAAGAAUUAUGACGAGUUCAUGAAGCGUCUUGGGCUCCCCAGCGAUGUUAUCGAAAAGGGCCGAAACUUCAAGAUUGUCACGGAGGUGCAGCAGGACGGGCAGAAUUUCAUCUGGUCCCAGCACUACCCGAGCGGCCACUCCAUGACCAACAAGUUCACCAUCGGCAAAGAAUGUGACAUGGAGACUGUGGGGGGCAAGAAGUUCAAGGCCACCGUGCAGAUGGAGGGUGGGAAGAUAGUGGCAGACUUCCCUAACUAUCACCAGACCUCGGAGAUCGUGGGUGACAAGCUGGUGGAGAUCUCCACCAUCGGAGGCGUAACCUACGAGCGUGUGAGCAAGAGGCUGGCCUGAGCAAGCAGGCGGGGCUCCCAGGGGGCUACGAAGCCAGCAGUGAAAGCUGGGAUAAGAACAGACAUUGUUUGCUCCAAA